AUGAUGAAACUACUGUUUAUUUCUCUGUUUGCAGUGUUACUACUGUUUGAAAUCAUGGAAAACGUGAAUGUCACAUCGGAUUUCAUUCUUCUAGGACUCUUUAACCACACAAGAGCCCAUAUAUUUCUCUUUGUGAUGGUUCUGACAACUGCCUCCAUCUCUCUGCUGGGCAACACCCUCAUGAUUCUUCUGAUUCACAGGGACUCUCGGCUCCACACGCCCAUGUACUUCCUGCUGAGCCAACUCUCCCUCAUGGACCUGAUGCUGGUUUCCACCAUUGUGCCCAAAAUGGCUGUUGACUAUGUAACUGGCAAAAAAUUCAUCUCCCCCACUGGCUGUGGGUUCCAGAUAUUCUCCUUCCUCACUCUGGCAGGGGGUGAGUGCUUCCUCUUAGCAGCCAUGGCUUAUGACCGCUAUGUGGCUGUUUGCCACCCACUGAAAUACCCCAUCCUCAUGAACUGGCGAUUAUGCCUGGGAAUGACACUGGGGUCUUGGUUCCUGGGGGUAGCUGAUGGGCUCAUGCAGGCUGCUGCUACCCUGACUUUCCCAUUUUGCGAUGCACGUGAGAUUGAUCAUUUCUUCUGUGAGGCCCCCACUCUGGUGCAUUUGGCUUGUGCUGACACUUCUGUCUUUGAGUAUGUCAUGUACAUCUGCUGUGUGUUAAUGCUCCUGAUCCCAUUUUCCCUCAUCCUGAUCUCCUAUAGUCUCAUCCUCUCUGCCGUCCUCCACAUGCGUACUAAGGAAGCCCGUAAAAAGGCUUUUGCCACCUGCUCCUCCCAUUUGGCUGUGGUAGGAAUCUUUUAUGGAGCUGCCAUUUUUAUCUACAUGAGACCCAAAUCCUACCGCUCAGCGAGCCAUGACAAGGUUGUGUCUCUGUUCUAUACCAUCUUCACCCCUGUGCUCAACCCCCUCAUUUACAGCCUGAGGAACAAUGAGGUCAAGGGAGCCCUGAGAAUGUGUCUGGGUCAGUGUACUGCCUUAACUAAUCAGUAG